AUGAAGCUAACAAAGGCCAUUGGAAGUCUUGCAGCUCUGGCGCCAUUGGCCCGUUUCACGGAAGGCCAGGCCAUCCGUUUUAAUAACCCCGAGGGCGUAGAUAUUUGGUGCGGCAAGGCGUAUCGAGCAACAAACUCAUCUUUUGAUCCUGGCGGGUGGUUCCCCGAGCCAGCCAUCUCACAAGUUCCGCUUCUGCGGCUCAAAGCCCGCCCCCGGCUUAGCAUCUACCUCGAAACAGAUGCCUCUGCGCAUUUGCUUAUCGAUGCUGCCAUAUCGAAUCAGGUGGGAUCACCUCUACCCCAGGGGUUCGGACAGAGUCCUUGCACCGGGGCGUCAAAAGCGUUGGACAUUCAAAUCUUGAAUGGAAACAACGUGAUUGCGACCGGGGACAUCGCUCUGGGGUCGCAGGACAACGAAUUACCGCUUGACUUGGGCAAAUUCACCCCUCGUAUGGAGCCAUACAACAUCACAGUCCGCACCGCAAUCAACUCGUCUCAUGUUUACGAAGACUGGACCAGCUUUUCGUACCUUCCGUACCCUGAAAACUACGGCAGCGUAGCACGUAUCGACAACUUCUAUGGCGGGCUUCUUGCGCAGAGAGGUAAAGGUUCUGCUUGGGAUUUGAUCUUCCCAUAUACCUACUAUACCCAAUGGACACUUUACUGGAACUCCAGCGUCGACACGCUGAAUGAGUUCGCCGCCAUGGGCUAUAACGUAAUCCACAUUGUGCCGACAGGAAGCCUCGGCGAAAUCCCGUUUCCGUGGGAAGAGUUUGAGCCGUACAUCCAGCGCGCGGAUGAGCUGGGGCUCUACCUACGCUACGAUGUCCUCUGGACCUGGCCAAAUCUUACCAACAUGAUAGAACAGGUCUCGCGAUUGCGAACUCAUCCAUCCAUCUUGCUAUGGUACCAGAGCGACGAAGCGGACGGAAAGAGUAACCCACCCAAUUCAACAGGUAUCGCCUACGACCAGAUCAAGGCUCUGGAUCCGUACCAUCCGAUAUCGUUGGCGUUGAAUUGCUGGGAUUUCUACUACGCAGACUACGCAGCCGGCGCGGAUAUUGUCAUGAGCGACGUCUAUCCCGUGGGCAUCAACGCGACUUUUUCGACAGUGUAUGAUACAGUGUGCAAUCUAACGUACGGCGACUGCGGGUGUGACGACUGCGUGGGCGAGUUUGAGGACAUCUCGGCGCGAUUAGACGAGUUUUAUCGCCGUGAUGAGAUUCUAGGAUGGGAGAAAACCCAAUGGUUUGCGCCUCAGGCAUUCGGUAACGAGACUUUUUGGAACCGGUACCCGACGGCGGAUGAAGAGGUAGUGAUGACCUUGCUGUCGGUGAAUCACGGAGCCAAAGGCAUUGUGAUGUGGAAUUAUCCCGCCACUCGGGAGCUCGAAAGCCUCACGAGUCGCUUGGCCGGGGUAUUCACGAACAAAGCUGCGGUUGAACUUCUGUUACGCACUAAGCGGACGCAAGACCUCGCCGUGGAGGGUGCGAAGAGAAUUGAUGCGGCGGUCUGGGUGAACAAGGAGAAGCGGCAGGCAUUGGUCAGCGUCGUCAACCUCAGCUAUGAUGCCGUCCCUGGAGAGAUCAAGGUCAUGUUACCCGAGGGUGUUGAGAUAAGCAAAGCUAUUGAGGUUGUUUGGGGAGACGUCGAAUGGGAGUUCGGAGACGGAGGGCUAGUUGCCCCGAGUGGAUUGCGUGGAUUGCAAGCGUCGUUAUUCAUUGCAGAGUUGGUGUGA